UUUGUAUUGAUCAUUUGCGGUUUGCUUGUAUGCUCUAGAUUGGUGUUUUUUGUAUGAAUAAUUUGUAUGAGAAAAUUAAUGUUAAACUUUUAUUUUGAAAGAAACUUGUUAUUGUAAAUUUUUUACCACAAAAACCCGCGGGUACCCAGCGGGUUGGGUUGGGUUUGAGUUUUUCAAACCCAUCGGGUUUUACCCCGGUUUUUUUUGGCGGAUAAACCCAUGGGUUUGGGUUUGACAAAACCCGCCCCAACCCGACCAUUGCCAUCCCUAUUUCCAACAGGCCUAAGCAAAUUCCAGACUCUUUUUAUAGAAAACUUUUGCAUAAGAGAACUGUCUAUCAGGAUUUCCUCCCCUCUAAAUGAGAUGAAAGCACCCACCUUGAAUCUCAGUUUUAACAGCUUUUCUAGUUCCAUGAACCAGAAGAGCAAAUAUAUGUCCAGAAGUUUCGCCCUUUUAUUUUAGUGAAAGGGGAAGGACAAUUUUGUAAUUGCAAAAACAGACGGUGGCAGGGCCACGUAAAUUUGCAGAAACCCUAGGGGCAAUUGGUCUUUUGAAAAGUCGAGGUACAUGGCCGCCCUCUCAUUCUCGCCUCUCUCUCUUCCUCUCGAUCCUUCCACUUCUCUCUUCCUCUUCCAGAAUCAAACUCCAUAGACCGAAACCCUAGCCUGCUCUCUUCAAACCGUCGCCAUCUUCUUCUCCUCUCACUCUCUCGUCUCUCUUCCACCAUAGACCGAAACCCUAGCCGCUCAAUCCGCCGUCGCUCUCGAGAUAAAACGCUGCUCGUGUUCGCAAACGAGAGAGCUGCUGCUGUGAAACCAAGAUUCGUGAUUUCUUCUUCAAAGGUGAGAGCCCGCUCUAGGUUUUUUCAGUUUCAUCUGGUUCCCGUUUCAAUUGGUUCCCUGUUUGUGAUUAAUUCACCAUUCUAGGGAUUUUUAUUUCUCGGCCUCAGCUUGUAGAUUGGUUUUCAGCUAGGGUUUUUCGAUUAUACGCGGCUUCUUUCUGAGAUUUAUGGCGGUAUGGGUCUCAUCCGAGUAAUUUGAUUGAUCCGUUCCUUGCCUCGCUGGUAAUGUAGUUUUUGUUUUCAUGGGUGCUGCUGCUUGGGAUCUUCAUUGGCAGUGUCGACAUAGUUGCGUGGCUUGAGGGGGGAAAAAACUGAUCUUUGUCUGGAAAAUUAUUUUUAAGGUUAGGUGCUUUGUGAAGGGGGAGUGAAGUCUGUGUCUUUACAUUGUAGUGAGACUAUUGUGCUACAGAGAGAUUAAUUAGGACUCAAUUAGAUCGUUUUAUGUUAUUUUUUGGGGAGAACUUUCGUAUUAGUGAUCUGUGUGGAAUGAAGUAUGUAUCUGCCAUAGCUGAAGGCAAUUGCAUCAGCUAGCUGUUUUUAAUAUGGGACUGUCUCCCCUUUUUCAUUUGAUGUUAUUUAGUUGCAUUGUGUUGAAACCUUCUUCAUCUUGCAGCUUGAAGAUGCCGCGCUACGAUGACAGAUAUGCCAACACCCGCCUCUAUGUUGGCCAUCUAGCCCCCCGCACAAGGUCUCGUGAUCUUGAAUAUGUCUUCAGCAAAUAUGGGAGAGUCCGAGAUGUGGAUAUGAAGCGUGACUAUGCAUUUGUUGAAUUUAGUGAUCCACGAGAUGCUGAUGAUGCAAGGUAUCACUUAGAUGGCCGAGAUGUUGAUGGAAGUCGGAUCAUUGUGGAAGUUGCUAAAGGGGUACCUCGAGGCUCCAAGGAAUACCUGGGGAGAGGUCCGCCUCCUGGAUCUGGGCGGUGCUUCAAUUGUGGUAUUGAUGGCCACUGGGCUAGAGAUUGCAAAGCUGGUGAUUGGAAGAAUAAGUGCUACAGAUGUGGGGAGAGGGGACACAUUGAGAGAAAUUGCAAGAACAGCCCUCAGAAGUUGAAGCGUGGGCGAAGUUACUCAAGGUCCCCAUCACCUCGUCGUGGUGGCAGGAGCCGUAGCCCAAGUUACAGCCGAGGCCACAGCUACAGCCGAUCGAGAUCUCCAGUGCCUAAGAGAGACCGAAGUGUAGACAACGAGGCCAGGUCAAUGAGCCCGGACCCAAGGAACGAUGGCCCUUCCAAGGGGAGGAAGCGUAGCCCAACUCCUGAAGAUCGAAGCCCACGCCCUUCUCCCAAAGCUAGGAAGGUGGAGGAUGAUGACCGAGAGUAUAGUGCCAGUCCAAGGGGCAGGAGCCGGAGCAGGAGCAGGACCCCAGAAAGAGAGAGCCCUAGAAAUGGCAGGUACGAGAGUCCCCCGGCCAAUGGCCGAAGUCCAAGCCGGAGCCGCAGCCCUAGUCCGAGGGCGAGGGAUGACAAGAGCCCUGCUGCUGAAGAUGAUUUUGAAAACAACCGUCGCUCGCCUAGAGGCAGCGAGUCUCCCUGAAAGAUGAAUGAGAGAGCGUGGCUAGUCCCUGAAGCUUCACUCCCCGGUCGUCAAUUUAAAUGUUCAAUAUUUGGAACCUUCAACUAUGGAUUUUCUUUUAUGUUGUGAUGUAGCUUUUGGCGGAAUUCUAUGUCCUACUGUGAGCUGAACGUAUCCUUUGUUCAUCGGAUCCGUAGCUAUUUCCUAUUUGAUAUUUUAAGCUAAGGUGGCAAUGUUGUUGGAUGAAGGAUUUACCAAUGCAAUUCGGAAAAAUGGAAGUGCAAUGUUGUCGACAGAACUGAAACGUUUACUUCUUAUGUAAUUCAGGUGCAAUAAGUGGUAGAAAUAAUUCCUUUAGUAUUUUUUUAAAUUGGCAGUUUUGCUAAUGUAUGUUGGUCACCACUCACCAUAGACUAAACAUUGAAAUCGAUCGAUAUUAUAGAUUUAACGAAUUUUAUAAAUUUUUAAAGCGGAAUUUUAUAGGAUUUUAAGAUCCAAAAAUUUAGUAGUAAAAUCAAGAUUGAAACCUAUAGGCUAUAGGUAAAAUCAUGAACUUGGGAAUUCAAGAUAAAAAUUGAAAUUUUAACUACAUUGGUGGCAAGGGUAUUGAGAAUAUUCAUUCCCAGCAAUGACACUUUCCAAAUAGAGAUAAGAGUAAUGACUACAACUAGAUAUUGAAACUUAAUUGUAUUUAGCACAAUAGGUGUUUUGAAGUGAAGGAGUAUAAGAAGCAAACUAGUGAAGAGAAGAAAGGUGUUGGGCCAAUAUAUUGAGUAUGGAAUUUGUUGUUCUCUUUUUAGCGAAAGGAUUGCGAUCAUGAUGGAGGUACGAAUUGUUGGCAGUGUUGUCAGUUUAUUCACUUAAUUAAAUUAUUAUUGUUAUUUAAUUAUAUUCAUUGAGAUUUUAGGAGAUUUAGGGAUUAUUGAAAAUAUUUGAGGGAUUUGAGAUUAUUAUUAUGAUAGUUGUUAGGAAAAAGAGAUUAUAAGACUCCAUAUGAUUAUUAUGUGGAAAUUAGGCAACAAACAAUUGAGUUACAAAAUCCUCCAAUUUUCGGAUUUUUCCGAGAAAUGACACUAAAUAAAAAAAAUUCCAAAAAGACCUCCUAUUUCCGAAAAAUUCAAAAAAUACCACCCUUUUCCGAAAAAUUCAGAAAUUACCACCCUUUUCCAAAAAUACCUCCUAUUUCCGCAACUUUUAAACUUAGCAUAACCGAUUUUGUUGUGUUCUACUGUAGUACGACCUUUUUCAGUGAUAUCACAAGGGCUUGACCAGAAAUCGCCCGAUUCAACAUUGGAGACGAGUUGCGUAUCUUCCUUCCCUUACCUAUGAAGCAUCGUACUAGAGUAGGAAUACAUGUCCGUGUCUUUCUGAAAGGGCUUCCUUCACUAGGAAAUCAAACUAUUCUAGUGCU